UACCUAGUACAUUAGUUUUAGUAUUCGUGCCUUUGAGAAAACAUUCAGUCGCGUAUUCUGUGCAGUGCAACCAUUACAUCGCUCAAACACCUUUUUCAACUACCGACAAAGCUAUUAAAUUUUAAAGUACAAAUUUCUGGCUCAGAAUGGAUUUUAAACGUCCUGGAUUUUUUACUGCGCUCAUCAUCUUUGUGUGUUCUGGGAGUGCCGUGCCGUUUUUAUCGUCCCCAUACGAAGAGAAUUCGAAAGAUUCUCUUUCUCCAGUGACACUCGAACCACUGGUACUUAAAAAUCAAUGUGGACUUUUACCAUGGCCUAGCCAAUCAUACCUCAGAAGCUUAGUUGAGGAAAGCAAGUGCUACGUUGACAAGACGGAAUGCUUGUGGAAAAUGGUCAGGAGGCCACAACCGUUUUGGUUCCUGUCGCGCCCUCGGCGUUUCGGGAAAAGCCUCUUGGUCGACACUAUGGAGUCAUUCUUUGAAGGCGAAGAAAAGCUAUUCGUCGGUACCAAAAUCUAUUCGCAUUAUCUUGGCAAGGAUUGGCCUAAACAUCCGAUGGGUUCGUGCGACUUAGAGUCGGACGCGGCGCGGAGCCUCUUCGUGGACCGCACCCGGUGGGUCAAGAUCUUCUACGACUUCCACAACCACCCUGCUCAGCCCCUCUUCGUCUCGGCCCCGAGCGGUGCCGGCAAGACGGCCCUCGUCGACAUCAUGGAUCGCUACUUCCGCGUGGAGGUCGACGAGAACCACCGCCCGCGCCCACAGAAAGAGACGUCCGCCUACCGCCUCUUCACCGGCGUCUACGGCUCCCGCGGACGUCAUUUCGUCGUCAUGAACGAGAGCUACUUCUUCGACGAGCACAUCGCCGCGUACCCCGUCGUCAGACUGGACUUCUCCACCCUCCACGCUACCACCCUUGACGCCUUCUUGCGGAGUGCCGUCUCCAUGGUUCAGGGUGUCGUCUCUGCCUACCCUUACGUGUCGUCGAGCCUCCAGAACCUAGGAACAACGCCCGGAGACUCCAGUCUCGCUGGCCGGAACCUGACGCGCGACCUACACGACUACUUCAAGAAAAAAUGCGUGGUUCUGAUCGAUUCCUUCGACCACCCGGCCACCACCCUGUUACGCAAUUCCACCCCCGACGCGUUCAAGAUCCGGUCCUGGCUCGCGGGGUUUUUGGACCAAUUGCUCCGCAAGAACAAGCACCUGGAGGCAGGCUUCCUCACGGGGCGAUCCCGUCUCGGUGAGGUCUACGCUUCUAAUAACACCGUCUACAAAAGCUUCGUCAAUAGCGACUUGAUCGGUUUCUCAUUCGGCCUGUCACCCGACCAUGUGAAAGAUCUUUUAAAGGGCUACAAUAGCAGUCUAACCAUCGACCAGCUCGCUCGUGAAUUCUGCGGGUAUAGCAUCAACGCCACCGACCUCAGAGCCUAUCCUACGGGAUCCGUUAUCAGGAGUAUAGAGUCCGGGAAAAUCCUGGAGACCUGGAAGCCUGGUGUCUCCACCGAUCGGUUCGUCCAGGCGUUCAGGUUGGACGCAGCUGGUGGUCACAUACUAACCGCCCUUCGGGGAGGGGCUGUCGUGCUUAAAUUGGCCAAACGCGUGCAGUUCGAAGACUUGGAGGAACUGCGAGAGUACUUGGACGGUGUUAACGACAAGAGAUUUAAAUACCGACAGAGGUCGACCCCUCUUUUCUUGCAGUACCUCUACGAGCUCGGGUACUUUACCAACAUCUUCGAGGAGCUGGGAGGCUAUGGGAAUCUGCGUGUGCCUACUUUGGAAAUUGCGCAUAACUUGAAAUCCAUGCUCAUGAAGGCCUUGGCAGGGGAGUUUAUUUUCAAUAAGGCACGUCUUGCGAAACUGAAAGACUCUGUCGGGAACCUUGAUGGGUCCAGGAAGUCGUGCGAGGGGUUUCUGGAUGCUGCUCUGGCGGUGGUCAAGCCGUAUUUGAGCGACUGCAGAUUGCGGGAGAACAUCUUGGUUAUCCUCUUCUACGCAGUUCAGUCUGUUGUUCCAGAUGUGCUGGAGGAGGUUCUGGUCCCCGGUGGGGUCGGUUUUGAUGAAAUGGGGCAGGAAGUGGGGUACUUUUUGGGGUUCGCAGACACACUUGUGAUCCCGGUCAAACGGGUUGGGGUCAUUAUUAAUCAUAAGGUUUGCGGAACAGCUUUCGAAGCUCUGAGGCAAGUGUUCGAGAUGGAGUAUAAUAAACUUAUUUCGAAUUCCUCAAGGCAGGUUUUUAUUGGGUUGAGUUUUGAUACUAUAAGCAAGAAGAUGUCAGCUACUUGUUUGAAAGAUAGCACAACACUUACGCUUGCGUUUAACAUGACUGUUGGAGGCGAGUCUAAAUUGUGAGGUACAGAGAAGUAGGGCGACUAGUUGGCGAUACGAAGGAUCUCUCUUAGUUUGAGUGUUGAACCCACUGUCACUAUCAGGAAAACUAAAACACUAUUACUCUAUCAUUCGUGGAAAAUUACAAAUCAUGCAAUCAUCAAUUUCAUUUUACUGUUGAAGGACGAUUUGAAUCCAGAGAGGUAAUUAGUGGCAAACAGAUGGUAAAGAAGAAUUUUUGCUGGUUUGAGCUAGAACUACUGGAAAGUGUUUUGUAGUAUAGAUAGUGGACAUUUUACGCAUCCUUUUUAACCCACAUUUUUUCUUUUUUUUCUCCAAAAUGUAACUUUAUUGUUUCAAAUAAUACAAUUUCGUUAGAAAUGUCACAAUCGUUACAUUAAUUUGCAGAGAGUAUUAAGUAUUUAUAUGUCCCUCUGCUUCUGCAUCGUAAGAAGGCGAACCUAUACGAUUCUGCUUGCUAAAACAGCAUUAAACGGAAAUAAGAAACCCAUUGAAGGGGCAAAUAAAAACAAAUUAUGUUGAGCUUACAUCAGCUCUAGAGAAAUCAUCCUGUAGAAUAUCAAAUAUAAAUUUGAAAGGCUACAAUAAAAGUAAAAUACUUUAAAUAAUGUUAUUUUAACCAUUUUUGUAAUACCCCAUUAAUACAUUUAAUACAAUAGGACGCAAAGUCACAACAGCCGAUUAAACUGCAUGGGAGGAGUACUCAUCCAUGAGGCAGGGGGAAAAGAAAACCAGUACAGAGACGAAAAGUAAGGUAAGGUAAAAAAGUCUCCCUUGGUGUUUAUCUCCAUUUGAAAAGUUCCUCCGUGAUGUGAGCUAUGAAUUUUUGUCCCAAAGAUACCCACAUAUUAGAGGAGAAGAUGUAAAAUAAGCGGAGUGAAAAUGUCCUUUUGAAGCAGAAAGUCUUUUUAAAGGUUGUCAGAUUUCGUAACAGGAAUUUUCUACCCUGUUUGUAAAACAUAGUCUUUAAAUUUGAAAAAAGAAGAAGCGGUGAACUCCAACGCAAUGUGUUAAUAGGGCGUGUCGGUAACUCAUGCAGCAACCUGAGUGGUUUUCAUUUACAGGGAUUUUAUUGUAGGUAAGAAACACAUGAAGGGAAUAAUGCACGCUGUUCGACAAUUGGUGUGACAAAUCGUGCGUAGAUACGUUUAAAGAUAUAAUUGAUUCUGGCACGCUGAUCUUUUCAUAGGAUCGAUUCUUUCCCCUGUGAAGCGGGUUGAAGAAUCAGUUCCUUUCCAUAAUUUUUGCGUUUACAUAAGAUAAUUUGGCUUAUAGUUUGGUAGACCUAUCACUUUAAAGGCCAUUAAUCCUUCGGAGUCAGGCUAAGCAAAAAAAAAAAAAAAAAGGUAGAGUCAGAAAUACCCAUAGCAAAUAUUCCUUCCAUUUUCAAAAAAUAUACUCUGAACGGAUCUUGAAGCUGAUCCUCGAUUUGACAAACUUUGAUAAAUGGAAAUAGAGUAACAAUAGAAUUAAUAAGAAUAGAAGAUAAGAAGACAAUAGAAUUGGAAAUGAAUGGAGAGUGAGCCAGUAUUGUAUAUUUCAUUCGGAUGGACAUAUUAAUAUUUGAACGAAGAACUGUCAAAAAUUCAGAGAGCCCUGUUUAUGGUUGUUAGGUGAAGUGCCUUUGCAGACACUUAUUUGGCUUCAAGGAGAAUGUUGCGCGUGUUGAUUUGAUAUUUAAUGGAUUUUUUUUUUUUUUUUUUUUUUUGGUAACUUUACAACUUUAUGCAAGGACCUAAUCUAGUCAACCCCCGAGAGAUAUACUACCAAGUGAGUAAAAAUAAGCCCCCCUCCCCCUCAUGUCCACAACUAAGUUUGAGAGCAAUGGGGAAUUUCACCCCUGAACGCACUCCGACGGCAAUUGUGACCUUACCAGAUAAAGUCGGCCCGUAGUUACCACCAUUCGUUCAAAAAGAGGGAGGGGUAAGAAGAACCUAAUAUGUGUAGAAAUGAAAUGUACUAACAGUGGUGAUUAGGGCUGGAGUACAGCUAACUACUUCUGAUUAAUCGGAUGUAAGCAUUUAAUUUUUACUCUAAUUUACUUUUGAGUCAGUUAUGUGGUUGCGGCCGAAGGAGACGUGUUUACGGUUUCUGUCGUAGCAGACAGGCAUAAGGGACAAGUCUUAUUUUUUUCCUCACACAGGUGACACAUUUCUCCUCAUUCUUACACUCUCCGAUUUUAUGGUUACUCUGACCGCAUUUUAAACAUAGUGGAUCUUUACUGCUUUUUGGACUUAUUUUAGUAGAGAGAGUUUUUCAAGGCAAUUAAGCAUGGUGAGACUAAGAUUAUAGGCUUGGCGAGUGCCCUACAUGAGGGCUAUGUCGGGUAUAGGGAAUUAAUUUAAAUCUGAAAAGAAAACUAUUAAAACAGCCGUGGCAACAGCCAAAGAUGAAGCGAGGGAAGUGGUCUUGUGAUGCAAUUGCAAAGUUUUAAGGCGUGGAUAUUUUAUGCAAAAGUAGGCAAGCUGGUUGAAGAAGAUGGAAAUACAUUGCUGUGCGCUGCGCCGAACCUUGAAGAAACGCUGAAAAUAACGAAUAUAUUUUUCUUUUCUUUUUUUUUUACUGGAAAAGAACAAUUCACAAAAGGGAGGAACCGCGUACUUGCAUUACGUCCCCCUAGAAUUCAUUACAAUGGUUAUACAAACUUUGUAACUUCAAAAUAAUUGGUCAAAAACAAUUUUGGGCGUGAACAGUUACUUAAAAUGCUACUUCACUUACUAACUAAAGGGUCAUGUAUAUGAGUCCCUCUAUUAACUACUGACUCGAAUAUAAGUAUAUGUUAGAACAACUUGCACACAAGUGCUUAAUGUUGAAAAAUGUUUCCCUUUAUCUUUAGGGGAGGAAUCAGAACUACUCUUACUGUUUCUAAUUUUCUUAUUGCCUUUACGCAACAUACUACGUACUUUAUAUCUUUAUUUUCAUAACGAACAUAUUAAUUGACGGCUUUCAAAAACGGAUAAUCAAAGUUUACAUUUCAACCUGACAUAAUUUUUAUUAUAUAUCUUACUCAGUCGUUGGGGUGGUUCGCCCUGAAAAAUUCGUAUAGUUUUUUGCCUUCCCGAAAUAAUGCAAUCCUGAAGCCAAUAGUCCACCUAUUAUCUUAAUAUCGAAAUUGUGUUCAUGCAAAUACCUGUUAAUUAUUAUUUCUGGUCAGAGAACUAUCUUUCUAGAGCCAAAGCAACAUGGUAGUUUAAUUUCCCAGAUAACUUUCCAGCCGAACCCCGCAGCCUGCUGGAUAAGGUACUGCGAAACGGAUGGGAAUCAAAUGGGUAUUAAAGUGACAUAUUUCCGCGGAAAUUCUCCACUUUUUCUAUUUUCUAUUUUUCUGUUUUCCCUUUUUCUAAUAUGUGGAAUAAUAUGGACAUCAUAUGUGAAGAUAGAAAUAAGCAAUCACAAAAUACAUUUUUUUAAUAUU